AUGGCAACUCCGUCCCGCCCAUCGCUGCCGCUCCGCCGUCAGUCGUCUACUAGGAGCCUUCGACAUGACAAUGAUGACUUGGCGCAGUCGUUGAAACAGCUGUCCAUAUCCACCUCGCCGGGCCGCGCUCAUGGCUCACCGCACCUCUCCGAACCCAGCACUCCCUUUCGUGCAUCAGGACGCCGUACUUCGCAGUCCCCAAGGCCCAAUGCUCGACUCCCAUCUCGUAGCCCUUCGCAAGGGCGCGAUCCCGGCUCGGGAACGCCCACGCUUCUUCGAAAGGCCUCGAUGAACUCGCUGCGGUCUUCAAACGGAAUGGGAGCUGUUCCGACUCCUACUCGACGUGCCAGCACCACGCAUAUCAUGUCACCAUCCCCCAAGUCUCCCUUAGCUACUCCCCCUGUCCAGGAGAAGCCCCGACCGACCGCCAGCUCAAUUGCACACGACGUCUUGAGUGCCGAAUUGCAAGCGCAUCACUCGCCCGAAUGUGCAAGCCAACCGCAAACGAUCGUGGUCCUCAACGAUGCCGUCUAUGGUCACCGAUUCUCCCGACCGAGAACCUCCCGGGCCGCCCUUGGUACGAUUGUCGAACGCCCGGAAAGAAUAAAGGCAGCUGUUUUGGGCAUCUCGACAGCUUAUGUGCGCCUGGGUGGUCGACACAGCGAGGGAGCAUUUCCACCUCAUCCUAGGAGGGAUGUCGACGACCUGCCAGGGAUCCCCUUUCGGAUACACAAGACGGAACGUAAACUUUCGCUACUAUCACCGGCGGUUGUCAAUGUUCAUGGAACGAAAUGGAUGGAAGAAUUGAAGAUGAUGUGCGAGGCGGCCGAGUCGAAGCUUGCAAUGGGAGGCAAAGAGCUCCAGAGGCCAGAGUUGAACCGAGGUACCGAGAAAGCACCCGAAAAGUUUCAUGAAGGUGACUUAUACCUCUGCUCGGAGUCUCUCAACGCUAUGGAGGGUGCCCUGGGAGCUGUUUGCGAAGCUAUUGAUACCGUCUUCGGUCCUGGACCUCAACGUGCGUUUGUGGGAGUGAGACCUCCAGGUCACCACUGCUCUGCUUCAUACCCUUCGGGAUUCUGCUGGAUCAACAAUGUUCACGUCGGAAUCAUGCAUGCUGUCCUUAAUCACGGGCUUACACACGCCGCUAUCAUCGACUUUGAUCUUCACCACGGUGACGGAUCUCAGGCCAUCACCUGGCAACAUAACACUCGAGCUAACGCGGCGGCCAAGAACGCUGCUGCGUGGAAGAAGUCGUCUGUUGGCUAUUUCAGCUUACACGACAUCAACUCGUAUCCGUGUGAGAUGGGUGAUGAGGAGAAGGUUAAGAACGCCAGCAUCUGCAUUGAUAAUGCGCACGGCCAAACGGUUUGGAAUGUUCACCUGCAGUCGUGGAAGACCGAGGAAGAGUUUUGGCGACUCUACGAGACGAAGUACAGCGUCCUGCUGGAAAAGACCAGGAACUAUCUCAAGAACCAGGCAGAACGGCUACGACAGUCAAACCAGGUUCCCAAGGCCGCCAUUUUCUUCUCGGCUGGCUUUGAUGCGAGCGAGUGGGAGAGCGCAGGAAUGCAGCGCCAUCAGGUUAACGUUCCGACGGAGUUCUACGCCCGGAUAGCCCAGGACGUCAUCAAACUGGCCGCUGAAGAGGGACUUGAGGUCGAUGGCCGCAUCAUCAGCGUCUUGGAGGGUGGCUAUAGCGACAAGGCUUUGUUUUCCGGUAUUCUCAGUCAUCUCAGUGGCUUGGCAGAUGACCAGACAUAUGAACGAGAGCCGCAGAACCUGGGACGUCUUGGUGCGGAGAUGGGACACAAGAUCGGAGUGCUCGCGGAGGAAGACGAUGAGAUGGAUACGAAGCCAUCGCUGGACUCUGUUCACAGCUAUGAUCCAGCCUGGUGGGCAAGUCCACGGCUGGACGAGCUUGAAGCUAUAGUUGCAGGUCCUGGCGGUCCUGCAGCGAAGCCACACAGCAACACGCUUCCCACUUACUUCUCUCCGACACAAGCGUCGACAGCUAGGGUUGCUGAUCCUAUCAAGAUGCGGCGCAGUCUUUCCAACUUGGGUGCUUCACUAUCACGGCCUGCCUCGCCGCCCCCGCCAGAGGUCCCCUGGACGGUUGCAGCCCACGAGCUCAGCAAGCUUCUCAUCCCUGAAAGUCGCCAGACAGACAGCUGCAAGCCUGAGGAUUUGAACGCUGAGGCAACCCGAGCGAGACGAGACCGCCAAUCAUUGCUUAUGGGAAUUGACCUUAACCCUCCGGCCCCAGCUUCACGCCCGACGUCACGCAUGUCUUUGCGUGAGAGGCGGCCCAAACCAGCUCCCCCUCCUCAGCCCACCAAGGACAAGGCGCCAAAGGGUCGUAGACAGACAAUGGCCACCACCACUUUGACUGCAGACAAGGCAAGUGCUGUGGCCCGUGGUAUCCCUUCGAGGACCAACAGCGAUGAGCCGGUGCGGAGAGCUAGUCGACGCCUUAGCGAGGUACCGACUACUCUCGCAUCCAGAGCUACAUCGCAGACUUCGUCCAGCAAUGAAGUCGACCUCCCAGAGGGCUCUGAGGCCCCUGGUCCUGGCUCUCCAGUGAGCACCAGGGCACCUCCUGGUGGAGGCCUUCAGGUUAAGAAGACACGAAACCCAGUAGCUCCUCGUAAAGAGCCCGCACCGAGGGCGCCUCGAGGCACCAAAAAGGUUGCUCCUCCCACCACAUCACGGCCCCCUACAGCAGCCCAAAGGGUUCACCCAUCGACAAAGCCUCAGGCCAGGGCUGGCCCAUCUAGUGCAACGGGUGAUGAUAUCGAUAGCAUCACAACAGGGAUGAAGAAGAUCCGCAUCAACCUCAUCACUCAGUCCCAGAAGGAAGCCAGAGAGCGAGCUCGACUUGAAGCUGAAAAGGUCAAGGCCAGAUCUGUGUCUGCCUCUGCUGCCAUCAGCCAGCCCAAGCCUGCUCGGCCCAUCGAAGCCCCAGCCGACCGCCGACAGUCGCCGGAAAUCAGAGGUCCUGACUCGGGGAACAUCUCUCCCACUCAGGUUGCAGCCCCUAACUCUGAGAUUCCUACCCCUCCGGCCACAAUCUCGUCCAGCGGCCUUACAACGCCUUUCCCAGAUGCCCCUUUUGAGAUCAAUGAGCCACAGCAGGUCUCGCUGCCCCCUAGUUCUUCUCCCAUUCCUUCUGUUUCCAUUCAAUCGAGCGACGACGACAAUGUGUUUAUUGCGUACCAACCCGAAGGCCCUGUACCAGUGGCUGUGGCUCAACAGGAACCCAUCAAAUGGCUCCCGCCUAAUGUGCAAACGCCAUCUUCACAAACGCCUGCCGCAACACCAAGCCCGGUAAAGAAGAGCAACCUCUUCCAGUAUACCGAGGGAAUACCGUUUGCGCCACGACCGCAACAGCAUGCGGGGGAGCAGAAGCCGACAGAUGAAGGUGCCAAGUCCGAGCCACCCGCUUCUAAAUCUGUUCAAGAAAUCCCUGAGACACCUCAGCAUUAG